AUGGUUAUGGAGGUGAGGGAUAGUAAGAAAUUUCUAUUUUGGCUAGAUGAUUGGCUAAAGAACAGAACUUUGGUAGUGAAAUUCCCUUCUUUAUUUGCGUUAGAUAAGAAGAAAACUUGUUUUUUAAGUGGUAGAUGGGCUGAUGGCACUUUCUCAUGGGCUUGGAAGAGGAAACCCAACAAUUCUCAAGAGUUGCUGGAACUGAACUUUAUUGUGGAUAUCACAAGGUUUGUUGUGAGCUCCAAUGGGCUUGAUACAUGGAGAUCGAGGUUAGCUGUCGAUGGUUCUUUUCGUGUGUGUGAUAUUAGGGCUCUCAUUGAUAGUAAGUUGACCGUCCCGAUAAAUAACCCCACGGUUUGGUUUCCCUUAGCUCCUAUAAAGUGCAUUAGUUAUGUUUGGAGAGCUUGUAUGGGGCGUAUUCCUACGACAAUGGCUCUUUCCAAGAGGUGUAUUAACCUUUCUUCUAUUUCCUGUAAAAUGUGUUUUAUUGGGGUGGAUGUUGCGGAUCAUAUUCUCUUGGAUUGCUCGGUUGCUUUUGAAUCCAUGGGCUGGAUUUUCAAUUGGUGUGACAUUCCUAUAUAG